UGGCCUUUAUUUUAUGCUACAGACAUAUAUAUACUAGAAAAAAUGGCUGAUUUAGUUCUCGGUUUCAUUUAGUGAUGUGUUAAUGAAACUUAUAACAAAAUUUGUUUGUUGACAAUUCACUACCAAUCGUUCCACAAGAGGAAUAAAAUAUCCAAGUAAUUAUACUUUCUUCUUUUAAGAAUGACGACUGAUACUGAAAAGUAUUAUUCUAAUUGUUUUGUAUGUAACAGUAAACUUUCAACAAGAAAUACUGUUCAAAUUUUUAAUGAAAAAUCAGGAUCGCGUUCUGAAAGACCUUUGGCAGAGACAGUAUUUUCUGUAUUGGAAAUUGAGUUUGACUGCAAUGAUCCACACUCCAGUGUUAUUUGUAGAAAAUGCAAAAAAUUGUUUGAGGAGGUUGAUGCAUUAGAAAGUCGUAUAUCUGAGAUAAAAUGUGACAUAUCUAAUAGUUACAAGCAAACUCAAAAAGUUAUAUCUGAAUCAUUUCUAAAUGAAGAUGAACUUAAUGAUCACGAUUAUUUGAACGCAUUGGAGGCACCCAGCAAAGAAAAGAUAGAAAUGAAAAAGAAUACAAAUGUGAAAAAAAAAAUUGUGGAAUCUAAAAAGUUAACAGAAUUUGAAGAAAUAAAUGAAGAUAAAGAGGUUGAUAUAAUGGAAGAUGAAAAAGAUUCAUCGCCUGUUCAAAAUGUUUCUGAACUUGUAAAUUCAAUUAAAGAAGGCGAAGAAGUGAUUAUUAAAGUUGAAUCAUUAGAUUACUUAAAUAAUGACUUAAAAAAAACUCUUUUAAAACGAGGAAAAAUUAACUCAAAAGAAGAACAAUCACCAGAACAGAUUGUUUUACGAGAGGAUUCAGUGUAUACGUGUUUAUUAUGUUCUCGCAAUGCAGUAAAAGGCGAUGCAAAAAGCAUUGUUGCUCACUUGAAAGCAGUACAUGAUACUCGAUUGUAUAUAUGUGAUUUGUGUGGCUUAGAAUUUAAAAAACGAACAGAUCUCUCAGUUCACCUUGAUGAUCAUGUAGCAAAAGAAGAAGGAGAUUUUCAGUGUGAAAAUUGCAACAGAAUAUUUAAUAAUUUACGACUUUUUAGAAUACAUAAGCGAAUUCAUUACCCACAAACUAAGUCUUGGCCUUGUGAAAUUUGUGGCAAACGAUACAGUUCAAGAAAUUUGCUUGAAGAACACACUAAUACACAUAAAGGAGUUCGGCCAUAUAUGUGUAAAUGUGGAAAAGACUUUUCUUCAAAAUAUACCUACAAAGCACACGUUAAAACACACGAAUAUCGUCCACGUCCUUUUGAAUGCUCACAUUGUAGCAAAACUUUUUUGAGUCAACAGAAUCUUAGUCAACAUGAAAGAACUCACAAUGGAAUUAAGGAAUAUGUGUGUGACCAAUGUGGUAAAGCGUUUGGAUCACAGCAUAAUUUAGAAGUACACAGUAUAGUUCACACUGGAUACAAACCAUAUAAUUGUAGAACUUGUGGUAAAGCAUUUGCUAGAAAAGCAGAAAUAAGAGAUCACGAAAGAACACAUACUGGUGAAAAGCCAUAUCAGUGUGAAUAUUGUGGAGCAACUUUCAGUCAAAGAUCCAAUCUUCAGUCCCACAAACGAGCAACUCAUUAUAAUGAUAAGAGAUACAAGUGUGAUGAUUGUGGAAAAGGAUUCAAACGUCGUAGACUUCUAGACUAUCAUAUAAAAGCAGCUCAUACAGGAGAACGUCCAUAUAAAUGUGAAACUUGUACAGCAACAUUUGUUUAUCCUGAACACUUCAAAAAACAUAUGCGCAUUCAUACAGGAGAAAAGCCAUUCUUGUGUGAAGUAUGCGGUAAAGCUUUUAAUAGCCGUGACAAUCGAAAUGCUCAUCGUUUUAUCCACAGUGAUAAAAAACCUUAUGAAUGUUUAGUUUGUGGUACUGGCUUCAUGAGGAAACCUUUGUUAUAUGCUCAUAUGCAAACACAAGGACAUCUUAAUGAUACAAUUGUUGUAAAUCAACCAAGAUUGACAACAGAAGAUGAUCAACUUAUUACUGUCUCAGAUGGCAAUGUAGAAUUGUUAAUGGAAAACGCCGAUGCAGAACAGCUUAGUGAAGCAGGAUUAUAUGUAACUGAUCUAAAGAACCACGUCAUCAUACAUCAAGAUGGUAAUCAAAUAUACCAUGAAGAAGGUGUACUAAAUAUCCCUACUGAUGGUGAUAUUAAUAAUGAUCAAGUUCAGCAUCUUGUUGUGGAUGGACAGUUGCUUGAGAAUGAAGCACAUACAUCUAGAGAAGAGGAUGAUGAUGAAGGUUUAGAAGAUGAAGAAGAAGAAGAUGAUGAAGAUGAUGACGACGAUGAGUUAUAUAGUUAUCAAGAAGGAAAUCAUAAAGAAACUAUACUUUUACCGGGAACUUCAAAUUAUAAACAAAUUAUAGGAGACAAUAAAAAUUCUGUUAGAUUGGUACAAAUAAGGAUUCCUACUUCUUCUGCUGGUGAUGGAAGAAGUUGGUUAAAUUUAGUACAAAGCACUUAGACUUUAAUUAAGUUUUCAUACAAUAAUUUGUGGUGUUCUUUUCAUUAUAAAUUUAAAUUCGUUUUACUCAAUAAAAGUAAGGUUUCACUGUA